AUGUGGAUAAUAAAUCAGAUAAGGUAUAGGAAAGGCCAAGAGGAUGCUCAAAUAGAUAGUGUGAGUAGACAAGGCUCAUUGAGAGAGAUUCUUCCAAGAAAACGGAAGAAGAAUAGUGCACUUCACUUUGCGAUUGCAGGUUUGGUACUUGUGUUGUUCAAUGUAACUAAUCUCCAAUAUCUGCAUUACUUUAGCACUUCCUUUCCAUUGGUAGACAUAGUGGAGUUUCUUCAGCUACCCAAUACAGUUUCCCAAAGCUCUUUUCCUGAUGAAUUAUUACUAGAAGUUUUAAAGGAUGUUUAUACGAGACGAGAAGAAACAUACUUGCGUAACAUAAAUUCCACUACAAUUAUAGUCAAGCCUAUACUUCAAAUCGAUCAAGAUUACAUCUCAUUAACUUUAAAAGAAGGCUAUUUUAUCAAAUCACAUACAAAUGAAGCAGUUAUGUAUCCACAUAUUGAGAUGCAUAGUUCAAUAAAGGAGCUGAGUGAAAACAUGCUUUCAGAAGGACGAACUUUUAUCCGAAAAUACUUGAUGCCACUUCUCCACUCUUCCAAGGUACGAGAUUUCACUGAUGUUCCAAGAAGAAUAAGGAGACUUCAGGUGGGUAAUUACUGUAUAAAUUUAUUCAGUUUUCUUCUACUUGUUUUAAUAUGCGUGAAGGAAGGACUUGAAUACUCAAGUGCUUGGAGAGAGUGCUUUUCAUUGAUUUUUCUAGUACUAUGUUCAUUGAUGUUGGUACUGCUUGCGUUUUUUAACAUAACCAUUUCUAUUAUGGUGGGUUAUCGGCUACCUAACACCAGGUCACACUUUGUAUCCGUAUUAUACGCUGUCCAGUUUGUGUUCUUUCUAGGAAUACUUAUCUAUUAUACAAAAAUCAUCAAAGCUGAUAUUACUCACUAUAUCUCUGAGCGAUCGAUUCGAAGAGAUUGUAGGGACUAUGAACCAUCCUCAAAGGAUACAUCUAGUAUAUAUUCACCGUCACCUGCUACUGAAAAUGCUAAAUCAGGUGGAGUUCCAGUAGCCAAGAGUCGUCUUUCAUCAAAUAUGAAUUCACCUUUCACCCAAACAAUUAAUCUUGACUCGUCUCCAAUUGGGAAUGCAAUGGACAAUAAAAUAUUGUCCAACGAGGGACCCCUUGACCCAAAGUACGCAUCACCAGAGAGUGCAAAGACAAGUAUUCAAAACCAACAUCAGAACUUGAUCGGUGCAGCAAGGAUUCGACAAUUUUCCAAGUCUGGUAUUUUCCAUGAAAAUUCUCUCUCUCCACUUGGAAGUAGGAGUUUCAGUGCACCAGUAUUUCAAUUCCUUGGUACCGGAUCAACAAUAGUGAGCCAUGUUGAAGAAGAAAAGAUAUUACAGUCAGCAAAAAUAAGUGAAGAGCCAAUUGAAAGUCCCACUUUCUUAAAUUCAAUUGAGCUUGAACCAUGUGAGACAAAUUCUAAUUAA